AUGUCUAAUUUACAGUUUCAAGAAACACCUGUUGGACACCCUUUAAUUGUUAAAAUACCAGUCAACAAUCAAAUGGUUGAAAGAGCAUUCGAUUUAUUAACUAAUCGUCGUGUUAGUAAAAGUGAAGAACAUUUUCUUAUCUCAACUGAAACUGUUGAUCAUUCGGAUAUGGAUGGAUAUAUACCAUUAUUACUUCAACAAUAUGAAGAUGCUGAUAAAGAAGUAAAAGGUUAUAUUUCACGAUUGAAAUUCAAUAAUGAAGGACAACAAUUUGCUAAAGCAAUUAUUGUUGGUACAAAAAAUCACUUUUCAGUUUCUGUUAUUGCAGCAAGUCGAAGAAAAACCGAUAGACUGGAUGAACAUAAAAUUCUAAUUGCAACAAUGAGAAAAUCCGUAGAAAUGUCAGCUUCUUGGAAUAUUUGGGCGAAAAUUUUUGGCAUUAAAACUGAGGAACAAAAAGAAUUGGAAGGCAUUGUGAAAAAAUUAAAUGAUGAAGACAAUAAAAAAUGUUUGGAAGCUAUGGCUCUGUAUUUAUUAGGUGACAAAAUUCGAAUGUUUCUUGGCGACAGUGUGAAAGUACAAUUCAUUCAAAAUUAA